CUCCCCUCACUGCCUCUCCCCUCACUGCCGCUCCCCUCACUGCCUCUCCCCUCACUGCCUCUCCCCUCACUGCCUCUCCCCUCACUGCCUCUCCCCUCACUGCCUCUCCCCUCACUGCCUCUCCCCUCACUGCCUCUCCCCUCACUGCCUCUCCCCUCACUGCCUCUCCCCUCACUGCCUCUCCCCUCACUGCCUCUCCCCUCACUGCCUCUCCCCACACUGCUUCUCCCCUCACUGCCUCUCCCCUCACUGCCUCUCCCCUCACUGCCUUUCCCCUCAUUGCUUCUCCCCUUAUGCCUCUCCCCUCACUGCCUCUCCCCUCAUGCCUCUCCCCUCACUGCCUCUCCCCUCACUGCCUCUCCCCUCACUGCCUCUCCCCUCACUGCCUCUCCCCUCACUGCCGCUCCCCUCACCGCCUCUCCCCUCAUGCCUCUCCCCUCACUGCCUCUCCCCUCACUGCGUCUCCCCUCACUGCCGCUCCCCUCACUGCCUCUCCCCAAACUGCCUCUCCCCUCAUGCCUCUCCCCUCACUGCUCCUCCCCUCACUGCCUCUCCCCUCACUGCCUCUCCCCUCAUGCCUCUCCCCUCACUGCCACUCCCCUCAAUUCCUCUCCCCUCACUGCCUCUCCCCUCACUGCCUCUCCCCUCACUGCCUCUCCCCUCACUGCUGCUCCCCUCACUGCCUCUCCCCUCACUGCUUCUCCCCUCAUGCCUCUCCCCUCACUGCCUCUCCCCUCACUGCCUCUCCCCUCAUGCCUCUCCCCUCACUGCCUCUCCCCUCACUGCCACUCCCCUCACUGCCUCUCCCCUCACUGCCUCUCCCCUCACUGCCUCUCCCCUCAUGCCUCUCCCGUCACUGCCUCUCCCCUCACUGCCUCUCCCCUCAUGCCUCUCCCCUCACUAGACAUGAGCAAUGAGGCGAGGAUUUCCUCGCCUCGGAAAUCCUCGCCUCGAAAUUCCGGGGGUCGAGGCAGGGCGCGAGGAUGAGAUCCUCGGGUCAAGGAAUCCUCGCCUCGCCCCGUGCUCAUGUCUACCCCUCACUGCCUCUCCCCUCACUGCCUCUCCCCUCACUGCCUCUCCCCUCACUGCCUCUCCCCUCACUGCCUCUCCCCUCACUGCCUCUCCCCUCACUGCCUCUCCCCUCACUGCCUCUCUCCUCACUGCCGCUCCCCUCACUGCCUCUCCCCUCACUGCCUCUCCCCUCACUGCCUCUCCCCUCACUGCCUCUCCCCUCACUGCCUCUCCCCUCACUGCCUCUCCCCUCACUGCCGCUCCCCUCACCGCCUCUCCCCUCAUGCCUCUCCCCUCACUGCCUCUCCCCUCACUGCGUCUCCCCUCACUGCCGCUCCCCUCACUGCCUCUCCCCAAACUGCCUCUCCCCUCAUGCCUCUCCCCUCACUGCCCCUCCCCUCACUGCCUCUCCCCUCACUGCCUCUCCCCUCAUGCCUCUCCCCUCACUGCCUCUCCCCUCAAUGCCUCUCCCCUCACUGCCUCUCCCCUCACUGCCUCUCCCCUCACUGCCUCUCCCCUCACUGCUGCUCCCCUCACUGCCUCUCCCCUCACUGCUUCUCCCCUCAUGCCUCUCCCCUCACUGCCUCUCCCCUCACUGCCUCUCCCCUCAUGCCUCUCCCCUCACUGCCUCUCCCCUCACUGCCACUCCCCUCACUGCCUCUCCCCUCACUGCCUCUCCCCUCACUGCCUCUCCCCUCACUGCCUCUCCCACACCACGCAAUGCCUCCUCUGCGCAUCCGUGGAGCUCUACUUCCUGCUGCCCUUCGUCUACUGCGUCACCAACCCGCUCUAUCUGCCCUUCGCCCUCGCCUUCUACAUGCUCGCCUUCGUUAUUUAUCGCAACCAGUUCAUCAACGUGUACUGUGCGCGCUACGAGAUGGCGGGGGCGUUCUGGCCGCACUUCCACGCGCGGCUGGUGGCGGCGAUGCUGGUGCAGCAGGUGGCGCUGGUGGGCAUCCUGCUGCUCAAGGACUCUAGGACCCAGGCCUGGUGCCUGCUGCCGCUGCCCUUCGUUACGCUCAUCUUUCACUACGCCUUCAUUGACGGCCAGUUCACCAGCACCUUCUCCAAGCUCGCUCUCGAGGAGGCGAACCGCAAGGACACCAUCGACCGCACAGUGAAUCCCAACGAGAAUCCGCACUCCUUCCUAGCGCGCGCAUACCUGCACCCCUCGCUGCAGUCCGCCUUCACUCUGCUGGACGGCGACGAGGAGGAGGGGGGGCACAGCGACGACUCCUCCUCCUCGGAUUCAGACAAGGACGGCGAUGAGGAAGAGGGCGGCAGGAAGAAGUCGAAGCAUGCCGACCGGCAUGCAAACGUCCAUCUUGUACCGGUUAAGAGGCACCCUUUCUCCACCAGUGCACAUGCCUCUCCUGCCAUACCAGGCGGUUCGGAUGGGUUGGAAAGGGUGGGGAGCAGGAGCUCUCCUCCAAACCUCCGUCCCAGGAGCGUUUCGGAAGGUCCGGUGAGCUCUGCUUCGGCUGCCAUGGCUGCAGUCACGUCCGCUGCUGCCACUGCAGCUGCUGCCGCCUUUGCUGCCGCUCGCAGCGCUGCCAGCAGUGGCGGUGCAUUCGGUGGUGCUCUGAAUUCUGACCGUGGUGCUUCUGACGAUGCCAAGUCCCAACAUCAACAGGCAUGCAAUUCUCUACCCCGAGAGGCUCAACUGAAGUGUCUCCCUUUCACUCGUGUGAACUGGUCUCAGUCGUAGUUGACGGCCCCAAGGACCCUUCCCAGAACCUUCCCCUCUCCCCCUCCUCCUCCACCUCCUCUUCUGCCCCCCCUCCUGACUUUCCUGGAGAGGACGGCGCGCUGCAGAGGGGAGCAGCAGCCAAUGCGAGGGCGACAGGUGGCAGCAGCAGAGGGAUGAGGCCGUCACCACAAACUGCAGGGACAGAGCCGCUAUUGGCAGGUGGAGGGGGGGUUGGGAGAGGGGAGAACGGCGGGGAAGGGAAUGGGACGAGCAGUGGGAAGGGGAAGGCGGUAUCUGUGCCAGCUUUUAGAUUAUGACCGCUGCAAUGAGCAACGCCAGCUCAAUCAGCACUGACAUGAGAAGCAGCAGUUGGAGCAGACUCGGCAGAAGCAUCUGAAACAGCAGUGGGGCAUCCAGCAGCAUUUCCUCUCACCCAUUCUCAUCCUCCCACCGCCACUGACUAGAUUUCCACACUUUCCACCCCACGUUCCCAGACGCCACCGCAUAACUUCAGCCGCUUACUCCCCAUGCUCGCACAUGCCCACCACCUGUGUUCUCGCAUGCCAUCAUCUCAUGCUCUCGCAUCGCAUCCCACCCUGUUUGAAGCGCGUUUCAACUCCUCUGGGGCCUCCACUGCUUCUCUUGUGGAAACUUACCAUGGUAAUAAGUAUGCAUGAUGAGUCACUUAUUUGACUCACUAAGGGGAAAUUUCAUAAG